CCACAUGCUCCAUCCCGUCCUUCCGUCAGCAGGACACACUAGCUCAAAUAUCACCCUGGCUGACCUCAAGCAUCACAAUCUCAUUUGCCACAGAUAUGGACUUCGCUCUUUCCACACCAGCACCCGCACUUCAGACUUGUCUCAGGCGUCACAAAGUUUGAGCUUGACAUCGCGCCGCCUUGCCCGACUAUCGAUGAAACUCGGUAUCGCCCGGCCCAGGCGCUUCAAUAAUCCACCUCAGGACGUAUACCUGCAGAAGCUCGACGGUGGGAAUCUGAUUUGACUGUCUACGACGACAGAGACGACUGCUCAAGAUAAGGUAUAUCCGACUGUAUAAAUAUUAGGGAUUCUCGAGGAUCGCUCUUGCAUACCCAUUACCAUACAGAUAAUUGGCCGACUUAGGCUACUCACCUUCUACUUGCCAGAGCGACAGCAAAAUCCGCUACAUGACCGGUGGCUCCUCUCAUGUCGACUGGAGGUCUAUUCCAAAUGCAAUCGACCAAACUCCUUGGCCGAAGAACCGCGGUCUGUCCAAACUCUUCUUCUUCUCCUCCGUCCUAUAUAUGGGCCAGUUCUUGAACGGCUAUGAUGGGACUAUCACUGGAGGUCUUCAAGCUCUGCCUGAUUGGAACAAAGACCUGGGGUACCCGUCUGCUGGGAGGAUAGGAUUGCUAAAUGCAGCUUCUUACAUCGUCGGUGUUUGUAUGGGACCGCUCAACGCAUGGGUGGUCGACAAAUUCGGGAGAAAAUGGCCUAUUCGAUGGUACGCUCUCGCAAUGAUCGUGGGCACCGUCAUUGGCUGUGUGGCUGGGUCUCAGUCUGGCAACACGGGCUAUGGCUUGUUCGUGGCAUCAAGGGCUAUCAUCGGAUCGGGUGUACCGGUAUUUCUGAUGGCCGCCCAGAUUGUCAACCAAGAGAUGGCACAUCCGCGAUUCCGUCCUCAAAUGGCUGCCUACUGGGAUUGUAACUGGGUUUUGGGAAGCACUGUGGCUUCCUUCAUCACCUUCGGCACAUCCUACAUCAACUCUUCCUGGUCUUGGCGUAUCCCAUACCUCAUCCAGCUCCUCCCCGCCCUCUACAUGCUAGUCGCCGUCCAAUUCAUGCCCGAGACCCCACGAUUCCUCAUCGCCAAUGGCAAGGAAGAAGAGGCUUACAGAUUCUUUGUGGACUACCACGGCAACGGAGAUGAGGAAGAUGAAUUGGUCAAGUUCGAGUGGAGGGAAAUGAAGGAUACGAUUGAGAUGGAGAAAGGCGAGAAGCUGGGAUGGACACAGCUUUUGAAGACACGGGCGAACGUGCAUCGUCUGGGUUUGGUAGCACUGAUCACCACUAUGCCUCAGCUCAACGGUAGCACGAUGAUCAGCUACUACUACUCAAUCAUCCUCACUCAAUGCGGCAUCACCGGCGCCGGUCAAAUCACUGGUAUCGGUGCUGGGCUCAACAUGUACAGUUUCAUUCUCCAAUGCCUCGGCGUCUACUCUCUCCGCUACUUUGGCCGUCGAUCCAUGGUCCUCUCCACUUGGCCGCUGCUUAUUCUCGGUAUGGCGGCCAUGGCUGCGACGAGUGGGGUCUAUCAGCAUUCGGGACAAAGCGACAAAGGAGCCGGGAUAGCAAACGUGGUGAUGGUCUGGCUAUAUUCGACGCCGUGGAAUUAUGUGUCGCCCAUCUUCUACUCGUAUCCGGCCGAGAUCUUGAACUAUGAGAUCAGAGGGAAGGGUAUGGCUGUAUGGAAUACUGUCAACCAAGGAUGGGGCGCCUAUGGGUCUUAUGUCAACUCGAUCGCGUUGGACAGCAUUGGAUACAAGUACUACUGCGUCUACAUUCCCAUUCUCGCCCUACAAUGGGUGCUGACCUACUUUUUCAUGGUUGAAGUCAAGGGCUUGACUUUGGAGGAGAUUGCGAUAGCUUUCGAAGGCGACAGUGCGGCUGUGGCCAGAGUCGACGCGCGGUUGGUGGACGGUGUCUCUGGAGGUAUAGGAGAGGGAGACGAUGACGAGAAGAAGCUGGGUCUAUCAGGGGCAUCUGUCAUUGCUCCGGUUAUCUAGUGCGGCUAUGCUUCUAGUAUAUGUGGUAUUGUGCCUUGUCCUUUUCAUGUAAACGUUCUAUAUGACUCGGUACUAGCCCAUGCUAUCAA